UAGUGAUGCAGGGUCCGGGGAGACCAGAUAUAGUGAUGCAGGGUCCUGGGAGACCAGAUAUAGUGAAUGCAGGGUCCGGGGAGACCAGAUAUAGUGAUUGCAGGGUCCGGGGAGACCAGAUAUAGUGAAUGCAGGGUCCGGGGAGACCAGAUAUAGUGGAUGCAGGGUCCUGGGAGACCGGAUAUAGUGAAUGCAGGGUCCUGGGAGACCGGAUAUAGUGAAUUGGUGGUCAGUGGGAAGAAUGUUCCUUACAUUGGUGGUCAGUGGGAAGAAUGUCCUUUACAUUGGUGGUCAGUG